UGCCCAUUGCUGGCAUCGGCAUUCAGUAUGGACCCCCUAAGCGCCUUCUCGCUCGCGUGUAACAUUCUUCAAGUCAUCGAACUGGGUCAGAAAACCCUGACCCUUACCCUAAAUUACCGCAAAGCCAGCACGGGCGAAACACGCGAGCACGAGGAUCUGCAAGGAGUGCUGCAAUGCCUGAUCAGCUUGAAUGUCGACCUGCACGCCUCGAUCCCGACCUCCACUGAGCCAGGCAGUCUCACCCCGGCGCUGGCUCGGCUGAAACAGGCCAACGAAGAGUGUCUUCGUCUGUCGAUCGAGUUUGUAGACUUGUUGAACAAGCUGAAGCUCCGCACCCCCCAUGCAUUGCUGGAGUCCAUCCGGGCCAGCAUCAAGACGUUAUGGAACCGCGAUCGCAUGGAAGCUAUGUCUAAGGCUGUUGGUCGAGCGCGGGAGAAUCUCAACACCGCACUGCUCUUCUACCUCAAAGAUACCCAAGCCACCGUGGCGGGCCAGGAUCAGAUCCUCCAAUCUACGGCUCAGCUAGAGGACAACGUCUUAUCUGCACUGGAGGAACGUUGUGCACUGAUCCGAGCCGACGUACGCCAGGUUCUGGAGCAGGUGCAGGCACCCGGCGUGAACCACGCGGCAGAAACUCAGCUUCUGGUCUCGCAUCGGCACCAGCUCGACUACCUUCAACGUCAGAUCCAGGGCAUUCUCGACCGACAAGAACAUCUGAGCAACCUGGAUGAGCAAAGAAGACUAGCGGAAAACCACCAAAUGUUCUUGGCUAGCAUUCAAUUCCCGCAAAUGCAGGAACGUGCUCAACAGAUUCGCGCUGCACACGAAAAGACCUACCGAUGGGUCCUGCAACCACACAACCCGCGUUCGGUGGUGGCUUGGCUAUCUGCUCCCACGGACAGCGAACCUAUUUACUGGAUCUCCGGUAAACCGGGUGCGGGAAAGUCGACCUUGAUGCGCUACCUGGACCAAAAUUUGAAUUAUGAGGAGCAUAUGCUUCCCUGGGCAAGUGGGGUUACCGUUAUCCGAGCUUCAUAUUACUUCUGGAACGCAGGGAAUGCGCUACAGAAGUCUUUCGAAGGACUCGUGCGCUCCUUGCUUGCCCAGAUACUCGAACAGCAGCCUGAGCUCAUAGCCCGCAUCACGACACUCGGACCAAAGUACAAUCCCCGGACUUGGGGUUCGAGUAAUGUGGAAUGGACCCAGUCUGAGCUACUGAGUCUACUUCAUAUGUGCAUUGGCGCACUGCAAGAUCGCUACAAAGUGCUCCUUCUUAUCGAUGGCCUAGAUGAAUAUGAAGGCACCGACGAGUUACGGCGGGACGUGAUCCGAAGUUUGUUUGGGCUGAACGGAAUGGCAAACAUGAAGAUAUGUCUGUCAAGCCGGCCAUGGAACGUAUUCCGAGAUGCCUUCAGCAGCACACCGCAACUACGAUUAGAGGACCUUACUUAUCAGGAUAUCAGCACAUAUAUCAGGACCGAGCUUACCAAAUCCCCCCGCUUUCGAUAUCUUCACCUUCGCCAGAAAGCUGAGGCAGACAGACUAAUCUUAGCGAUGACUGAAAAGGCCGCUGGGGUUUUCUUAUGGGUGCGGCUCGUGGUCCGCGACCUACUCGAAGCUCUCCAGGAUGGCGAUAAUAUGGCUGCCCUAUCGCGAAAGCUCAACGGCAUCCCCGCUGACCUGGAUGAAUACUUCCGUAGGAUGAUUGAUUCGAUUCCUUCCCUGCACAGACGAGAAGCGUCAAAAAUGAUUCAAAUCGCAUUGCAUGAGGAGACCGCGUUCACCGCACUCCACCCGCUGCGGAUGCUUGAUCUCUUGUUCAUUGACGAGCCUGUCCUUGACUUUGCAGACACAGGACCGUCGAACUGUCCCAUUCUAGAUCUAGCUGAUCGUGAAGGUCUUGCAUUUAUGUUAGACUCUACGUACCGUAGGCUCAGCAGUCGGUGUAUGGGACUGCUGGAGUGCGUAUUUGAUUUGGAGUUUUCUGGUUUUCUUGACCUUACCACUCCGGAUUUCCUGGAGGCCUACGAUGGGCGUCAAUUCAGUUCUGCGCUGUGUACACAGAUUGCGGAGUCGGCAGAGAUAGGACACACCUUCAUGCUAACUAUCAGCUUCUUACAUCGCAGCUGCCGGGACUUCCUUCGAUCUCCUGAGAUUCAGGAGUUACUGCAUCAAUACACCGGCGGGCCGUUUGACGCAAGGCGGUACCUGGUCAACGCCAGAAUCUGUCAACUUCAAACCUUGAUGGUUGCUGGAAUCAACCUUGAAUUGAGUUUUGGCAUCGCAAGUUAUCUGGCGAGCGCGCUAGCAGUGCCCGGAUGGAGGGAGUCCACCCCAGCCAUCAGAGCAGCCCGAGUCCUGGACCCAGUCAUUGACGUUCUCCUAUCAGCGAGCGACCACAACAGCAGCAUGGAUGUCGGCUGGUACAUAGGCAAACUGGCAGGCAGAUGGGCGGAUGAACGGAGCUGUUUCCUGACUCUCGCUAUCGACUUUGACUUGCGAGGCUAUGUCAGGGCAUGUCUCGGUCCAGCGCAAGUCCGCAACAAGGCAGGCCGCCCGAUCCUGGACCAUGUUCUCCAGCCAGAAUUCUGCCGGCGUCGUGGCUCCCUGGGUAUCGGAUACUCAUUGGUCAGCCCCGAACUCGUGCGCCUUGUGCUCGAAAACGGAGGCGACCCCAAUGAAUCUUACCGAGGAGGGACCAUUUGGGCACGAUUCCUCGCGUGGACGGCAGGUUGCUUAGUUGAUUAUCUCACCGUUGACGCCGAAUUUGUCCAAGCCCACGUCGAGUCUAUCGCGCUGCUGCUACAGCACGGUGCGACACUCGUGGUUCCCCAUUCCUGGCUUGCAAGCGGCAGUUCCGGCUGGGCCAAGGUCAUGACCCACCCGGACUCAGGCCUGCAGGAAGGCGAUCGAUUCCGUCGCCAGACAUCACCCGUCUCAGCCUCCCCUCACACGGCUUCUGUCGUGGACCAGCCAUGUUAUGCCGUCACUGAUCUCCUGCAAGCGUUCCGCCCAUGGUUCGGAGGAGAGAUCGACCGGUUGAUUGCUCUCGCGCAACGCUCUGCAACCGUUUCUGCCUUGGGGCAGGGCAUCACGACCCUUCCUCUUCGCCCUAGGACCGAGUAUAUCCGACCGGGAGUCGAAUCUGCGUAGUAUGCUGGUCGGCAAAUAGAGAUGUGGUGUCACCCGCACCAAGUCUGUUCGCAGGAGGUUUUGGAAUAACUUCAUAUCUGUAUAGCUACAAUACUGUGGAACAGUUGAACCUUCACUGCAAAAGUGCGCAGGAUAACUCCCAUGGCCUCGAGCAUGAUCAACACAAUUGAACGAGGAUGCGAAUGCACUCGCGGGAGGUACGGAGAUCCGUAAGCCGAGUAUGAGUAUAGAUGAAUGAGGUCAGGACAGGUGAAGAUGAAGACAGC